UAUAAAAGAUAUUUUAUUUAAAAUAGUGAAUAAAAUAUAAGACUUAGUUUUUUCAACUGAAUAUUGCCUCUGAACUGCCUAAAAAAAUACUCUUGAAAUGAAAUCUUUUCAACUAAAUGUUGGUUCGACUUCUUUUGUUUCCACUGAGCUAGUUUAAACUGGACACAGCUUGUUUCUGGUUCCGGUUUUGUCUUUUGUCUCAGGGUAAAGUAAUACAAGUUUCAGUUGUGCACAGCAUUUCUUUGUGAAUCCUUUGCUUUCUUCUUUGCUUCAAGUUCAUUUUUGCCAGUCAAGUCUAUUCACAGUUAAUGCUACAAAACCAUUUCUUUCACAGAAAAUAUUUUGAUUCUUGCCAAUGGAUAAUUCACUGAAAAAUAUUGAAAAAGAGGAUAAUUUAGAUAAAGUUACCAUAAAGGUUAAGGUUGAAGAUGAGGGAUAUCAUGAUAUAGUAAUAGAUUGGUCCGAUGGAAGUUCUCCAUACAAAGAUCAGCAAGUUAUUAACCAGCUUUCGACGAUAAUCGGAAUUCCAGUCGAAUUAAUCUGGAUGACUAUCUUAGAUUAUGCGCCUCUUAAUUAUUUUGAUUUACAAAAUAUCGAACAUAGAUCAUUCGAUCCCUGGUUUUAUGAGCAUGAUGCGCCUGAUGAGAAUGAGCCUGAUUUCAUGCCGUGUAACUUCACCAGAGAGAACUGUUUGGGAAGGUUGAAUGAUGGUGAUCGCUUUGUCUUGCGUACUGAUUUGACUUUGUGGGUGGAUGGCUGUUUCAGUCUAGACAUAUAUUUGUAUAGCCUUGACUGUGAGCUUUACAAUGAAAACAAUUGUACUCAGAACUAUUGUCAUUAUUCAAAUACGAGAGCUUUUAUCGAUAGAAGAAUAUCAGUUGUUAGAAACACUGAGUUACACAAUAUAUUACGAGCAAGGUAUGCAGAAUUACCUCCUAGUGUAGACCUUGCUUCAUCCUUGGAAAAUUCUUCGCAAAGAAGGAGAAUCUUGAGAGAGUUGGGCGUCAAGGUGUUCUUUUGGGGGCAGCGGUGUUCUUUCUGGUUCUCGAGACGUCAUCAUCGACAUAAUUCUCCCUAUUCACGGACUCGAGGUUAACAUUUAGUGAUAUUUUAUCUUCAUGUGAAAAUGGACGAUUAUUCUGGCUCCAGGAAACAAAACAUGGUGCUCAUCAUCAAUGACAUGCUCGCCACAAUUCCAAUCUCUCAUUAAUAAACAAGCAGAUUGAAGUAACCAUUGAAAGUAAAAUAUAAAUUUAUAACAUGAAAUACAUCACUUAAUUUUAUCAAUUAAAUAUUGGUUUGACUACUUUGUUC